GCAGGCGCAUACCUGCCCCCCUUGCAGCAGGUGUUCCAAGCGCCGCGGCGGCCCGGGAUAGGAACCGUCGGGAAGCCCAUCAAGCUCUUGGCCAACUACUUUGAAGUGGACAUUCCCAAGAUCGAUGUGUAUCAUUAUGAAGUGGAUAUCAAGCCCGACAAAUGUCCACGCAGAGUCAACAGGGAAGUUGUGGAGUACAUGGUGCAGCACUUCAAACCGCAGAUCUUUGGCGACCGAAAACCAGUCUAUGAUGGGAAGAAGAACAUCUACACUGUCACAGCCUUGCCCAUUGGGAACGAGCGGGUUGACUUUGAGGUGACGAUCCCGGGGGAAGGCAAGGACAGGAUAUUUAAGGUCUCCAUCAAAUGGAUGGCCAUCGUGAGCUGGCGCAUGCUGCACGAGGCCCUGGUCAGCGGGCAGAUCCCCGUCCCGCUGGAGUCCGUCCAGGCACUGGAUGUUGCCAUGAGGCACCUGGCUUCCAUGAGGUACACUCCUGUCGGCCGCUCCUUCUUCUCCCCCCCCGAAGGCUACUACCACCCCCUGGGAGGGGGCAGGGAGGUCUGGUUCGGCUUCCACCAGUCAGUCCGGCCUGCCAUGUGGAAGAUGAUGCUCAACAUCGAUGUGUCGGCCACCGCCUUCUACAAGGCCCAGCCUGUCAUCGAGUUCAUGUGUGAGGUGCUGGACAUCCGAAACAUCGACGAGCAGCCCAAGCCCCUGACGGACUCACAGAGAGUGCGUUUCACCAAGGAGAUCAAAGGUCUGAAGGUGGAGGUGACCCACUGUGGGCAGAUGAAGAGGAAAUACCGCGUGUGUAAUGUUACCCGGCGGCCGGCCAGCCACCAGACGUUCCCUCUGCAGCUGGAGAGCGGUCAGACUGUGGAGUGCACAGUGGCUCAGUACUUUAAGCAGAAAUACAACCUGCAGCUGAAAUACCCCCACCUGCCCUGUCUCCAGGUUGGCCAGGAGCAGAAACACACGUACCUGCCCUUGGAGGUGUGUAACAUCGUGGCUGGCCAGCGGUGCAUCAAGAAGCUCACGGACAAUCAAACAUCAACCAUGAUAAAAGCAACAGCCAGGUCUGCCCCAGACAGGCAGGAGGAAAUCAGUCGCCUGAUGAAGAACGCCAGCUACAACCUGGAUCCAUACAUUCAGGAGUUUGGGAUCAAGGUGAAGGAUGACAUGACGGAGGUGACGGGGCGGGUCCUGCCGGCGCCCAUCCUGCAGUAUGGAGGCCGGAACCGGGCCAUUGCAACUCCCAACCAGGGCGUGUGGGACAUGCGAGGGAAGCAGUUCUACAACGGCAUUGAGAUCAAAGUCUGGGCCAUUGCCUGCUUUGCCCCGCAGAAGCAGUGUCGAGAGGAGGUGCUGAAGAACUUCACAGACCAGCUGCGCAAGAUCUCCAAGGACGCCGGGAUGCCCAUCCAGGGCCAGCCCUGCUUCUGCAAGUACGCCCAGGGUGCAGACAGUGUGGAGCCCAUGUUCCGACACCUCAAGAACACCUACUCGGGCCUUCAGCUCAUCAUCGUCAUCCUGCCAGGGAAGACGCCGGUGUACGCUGAGGUGAAGCGUGUUGGGGACACUCUCCUGGGAAUGGCCACACAGUGUGUCCAGGUCAAGAACGUGGUGAAAACCUCCCCGCAGACCCUUUCCAACCUCUGCCUCAAGAUCAACGUCAAGCUUGGCGGGAUCAACAACAUCCUUGUGCCUCACCAGCGCUCUGCUGUCUUUCAGCAGCCGGUGAUCUUCCUUGGGGCCGAUGUCACUCACCCACCGGCAGGAGAUGGGAAGAAACCCUCCAUAACAGCUGUCGUGGGCAGCAUGGACGCCCACCCCAGCCGGUACUGUGCCACGGUGCGCGUGCAGCGCCCGCGCCAGGAAAUCAUCGAGGACCUGUCCUACAUGGUGAGGGAGCUCCUCAUCCAGUUCUACAAAUCCACCCGCUUCAAACCCACCAGGAUCAUCUUCUACCGCGAUGGUGUUCCCGAGGGGCAGCUCCCACAGAUCCUUCACUAUGAGCUCCUGGCGAUCCGAGACGCCUGCAUCAAACUGGAAAAAGAUUACCAGCCUGGCAUCACCUACAUCGUCGUCCAGAAGAGGCAUCACACCCGUCUCUUCUGUGCAGACAAGAACGAGAGGAUUGGGAAGAGCGGGAACAUCCCAGCAGGAACAACAGUGGAUACAAACAUCACCCACCCCUUUGAGUUCGACUUCUACCUGUGCAGUCAUGCAGGCAUUCAGGGCACGAGCCGGCCCUCCCACUACUACGUGCUGUGGGAUGACAACCGGUUCACGGCGGAUGAGCUGCAGAUCCUCACGUACCAGCUGUGCCACACCUACGUGCGCUGCACCCGCUCCGUGUCCAUCCCAGCCCCGGCCUACUACGCCCGGCUGGUGGCAUUCCGGGCCAGGUACCACCUCGUGGACAAGGAGCACGACAGUGGCGAGGGCAGCCAUAUAUCUGGACAGAGCAACGGCAGAGACCCCCAGGCCUUGGCGAAGGCUGUGCAGGUUCAUCAGGACACUUUACGUACCAUGUACUUUGCUUGAAAGCCUAACUUUUGUUACCUCACUCAAGAAAGCUUUCAGAUUUGUAGGAGCCAUACAAAAAAGGAAGCAUUGGGACACCUUGUUUUUUUUUUCCAAUGAGAAAUCACUGCAGGGCAGGCAGCGUCGACUCGAGGCAGGAGACCAGCACCACGGGACAGAACGAUCCAACACCUGUGUCGGAUUGGAAGAAAGAGACUGAUGAUGAUGAUGAUGAUGAUGAUGAUGAUGAUGAUGAUGAUGAUUAUUUUUUUAGUUUUUUCUGGCUUUGCAAAAUUUUGACCUGACCAAACACAUGAAGGCAUUCAAGGGAAGGGAUAAAACUCCCGGGAGGCGGAAGCAGGUUUUCAUUUUUAAGAUGCAAUACUAGAGACUCCUGACUGUGAACUGGCGGCUUUGGUCCUCCGUUGCCCACCAGGCGCUGGUAGGUAUUUUUUGUGGGGGUUGGGGGGAGGGGAUUUUUAGAGCCUUAAAACAGAAGACUAGAUUUAUAAAACUAAUAUUUUAGAUUAUGAGAUGCUUUAAUGGGUUAAGGGGAAAAAAAAAAAACAAACCAACUAGUUUAUAGGAGAAUUCUAACACUAACAGUUCCCCGCCCCCGAGUAAUUCCCCCCGGAUAAUGUAAGGCACCCUAGCACUUAGCUCAGAACUGAAAACUGUCUUCCUCGUGUUACAAGCUAGUCAGCUGCUGCCGCUCGAAGCAACAGUCACAGACUAUUCCAUGGGUGAGUGCCUUACUAUGAUGCUGCAAAAUUUCCAUGUUUUUAAUCUUGUAAGGAAACUAGUAAUCUUGUCUUGAUGGUGGUCCAUAUUUCCAUCGGAAGGAGUUAAUUUCUAUGGUCCUCAGUUGCAGUUUGUGUCAGAUCACGACCUCACGGUGGUUAAACCCCAUUGAAAGAUGUGCACUUUCAUACAGGACACGUUUAAUGGCUGCUGACCCAUUUUUGUUUCCAAUGUACUACUUGUUAUUUAAAACUGUUCUGACAAAUGGGGGCAUCUCCAUCCCAUGAGGAGAGAAAGCACUAUCCAUUUUUUCUUUCUUUUUUUUUUUCCUUCCCCCCUCCCCCGAAUUUUUACAAUGGGACACCGGGAUUUUUUUACUAGACAUUAUUUUUAUAUGAUACUGAGUCUGUUGCCAAAAUCCACAAGUCAUUAACAUUCUCAGAGUUUACAUCCCCGCACUUCCUGAGGCUGUGUGCUCAUGCCAGAGCUUUCCAGCGUUUCCUGUCCGAUGAGCGUUGCUGCCUGCAGCCCGUUCCAUGCCGGGUGCUCCGCAGUGCCCGUGGUCCCUGUGCAUCCAGCAUGUGUCUGCCCGGGCUGGCUGCUUUCCAACUACCACAUCCCCCACCUCCAGCACCUCCCGGCUCACUCUCUCUGCUGCUCAGUUUUGCUGCUCUUCGUGUCAUUGUAUCACUGCUCUCAUGCCCGGGGUUUUGAUUCUGAAAGCACACCAGAUCAUUCCUUAGAAUGACGAAAUCCUUGUUGUUGUCGUGGGGGAAACUCCUGAUUUGUGUGUGUAGCAGGAAAACAGCCUUUUUCCCCUCAGGAACCUGGUCACUGCUUUUCAGGCCCGUUUUGCUGCGCAGCGACCGCACGCACGGCGGCGGGGCCGUGGGGGCAGCUCAGUACCGAUAUCAUCCGGGCAGAUUAUCUGGGGUUUUUGAGAUGAAAGUGCUCCCAGCGCCUCCUUCAAGGGACGAACGAGGCGCACGCUCUGCGGGGGGAAGAGCUCUGGUCUCAUUUUCCUGCCCGACGCGUGUCCCCGGCAGCCCCCGCGCGAGCGCUGCCCCGGCCCGCGCGGACAGGAGCACACCCACACCUCUUUGGUUUGUACCUUCUGACGCGGAAACUUGCCUUGCCUUCACGAGAAACACACCGGUCAUGUUGGCCUAUUGAGCUGUCCUAACCCCGGGAAUUCACUCUUCCUGUUUUCUUUUGGGGCAACGUGUUUGUGAACAGUGAAGACAUCACUAUGCUAUGCAAACUAAGUGCUGAGCCCACUGAUGUCACGUUUGGUGAAGAUCCUACGUUUAGCACAGUCCUAUUUUUCCUCAAGACCACAGUGUUUGGUUCAUAUUCUCCUUUGCACCUUGUGUCAACCUCCACUGCUGUAUAUCCUCAAGGUGACGAGGAGGAGACCAGGAACUAUCCGUGGUCAGUAGGUAGGGAACUCUUAGGAAGGCUUUUAGAGCGUAGGGAACGCAUCAACACUUAAGUGUCAACAUGAGAAGCCUACAUUCCUCUACACAAGUGCCUGCAUAGUGACACCAAUCAGCACCUCCAUCUCAUCCUCCGAACUCUGGCUUGUGUUCAUUGAAAGCAAAACGAUCUCAGAGGGGCUGUUCCCGCUCACCUGGUGGUAGAAAGCUUCUCAUUAAGAAUAAAAUCGGGGUCAAGGUCAAGGUUCUCUCUGCAAAUCAGUUUGUUCACCAGCAUUACACCGGAACGCGCCUGGCUGCUGCUCUGCAGCGAGGGUGCAAAGGGAUUUUGGUUCCUCGUUUUUAUUUUAGUGUUUUAGUUGGGUCUAGAAUUCUGAAAUGUCUUUUAGUAGCUGUGGCAUAGCACGUGCCAUUUUUAACCAUUUGAAAAGAGAUAGUGUGGGUAUUUACAGAAACAGCUUGUUGCUCUGUAACAAUUUUUUUUAACCUUGAGACUUGAAAUGUAAAAUGGACCUUUAAGAUUUGCACUCAUUUGUAAGGUGGCUGUUCAUAGAAAACUAUGAAUGAAGACUUGCUGAUGUAGCACCUACUUUUAACAGCAAUUUUAACUACACAAAAGCUUCACAGCUUCUGAAACUCUCAGCUGUUGACUUGCAGAUCGUGUUCUGCCCUUAUUUCACCCUCUGCGUUGGGUUUUCAUGGUUUUGGAUAAAUAAAAAAAGCCAAACUCAGUAGCUGCUGUGCCCUUUAAACCCAGUUUCCACUUUGAAGAACUUUAGAGAGGUUGGAGUGACCCGCAUGUUUUCUAUUCCGGACUAUGCACCGUGCCCUCUCCGCGCUCCGGCACCGGCAUUUCCCCCUUCUCUUGUCCGAGAUGCAAACGAGUAGCUGCAUGUGGAGGUGCGUUUUGCUGCCGUAGGCGAUAGGUGUUACCCAGGUACAUGCCAGGACUGUAGUUAGCCACAACCCCCACACGGACAUCCCGAUGGGCUCCGAGCCUCCGCCUCGCACGAGCUCGUCUGCGACUGGAAGCGUCGCCGGGUGCAUGCAGUUCUGUGGGAAGAGGAGUGGCUUUCAUUUACCUGUUGAAUGCUGUUGUUCCCCUUAUCUCAUAUCUGGACAGAACGGGGCGGGAGGUCUGCUCUGCCCUCUCCCCGCAGCUCCAGGGCGGUCGGGGCGUUCUGGGAUCGCACGGGUCCGACCCGAUGUCUCAGUGUCACCCAGCGUUGCCUCGCGGAAGGUUUUCUUCUUGGAAAAUCAGUGUGAAAUAAAAAGAAUGUGAUUGUUUCAGGAAGGGAAGCCAGACAGCAAGGAGAGCAAUAAACAAGUGAAAUCCAUAUCUUGCCUGAGUGAUUUGCACUUCAAUAGUUGUGAAAGAAAAUUUCCAGGACUCCAGUGCUUUUGUGUUCGAUUUCCAGCCCCUUUCAUACCUCCUUUCUACGAGCAAGUGUGGGACUGUACAUAGGGUGUUUACAGGAUGCUCCCUUUGGGUUGUUACUUUUCUUGUGGGUUUUUUUUGCUCUAGCUUGAACUCUGUAUGGUCCAUUUGUUAAAUAGCCGUGAACAGCUGAUGUACAGUACUUACUAAACAAGCAGCAGCACAAAACUUAUUUUAUUAAGAAAAUAUGGCUUAUAUUUUAAAGGUUGAAUAUCAAUUUUUUUUUUGUAUGUGUGGAAUUAAGACUGGUAAAGGGUAACAAAAUCCUUGGAUUAGGCCAAAAGAAAAUACUGUAAGAUCAUAACCACCUCUUUAUUAAAGAAAGCAGUAUGAUUAAAGAGCUCCAGAACAUUGUAUUUAUAUUGGAUUUGAUUUAAUUGCCUUUGUGGAUUUUUUUUUUUUUUGCCUUGGUCCUGAUUUUUGCUUGCAACUUCGACUUUGCAGUCCCAAGUGUCUGUUACCUGUAACUGUUGGCAGAAGACCUAAAUAAAAGCAAUGUGAAUAUGUCGGGGUGACA